AUGAAUCCUUAUGAUUCUACACCUGCUAACUUCGCUCAAGUUGCUGCCAAGAUUAUCGGGUCGACAAGGGCUAAUAUUGCCAACGGAGUUCCUCAGUUACUCUCUCAAGAGAUGCUUCAAACGCCUCCUUGGGAAUCCAAUAUGUACAACGUUGAGUUUAGUGAUGAUCAAAGGGAAGAGUACUCUGAGUGGCUCUUCAUUGGAUUGUACCCGAUACCUGAUUCCACGUCGUCGUCUUCGGGUUUCAAGUGGGAAGGAGGGCCUGUGAAGACGAUUGGUGAAGUGAGGCACUGCCUUUUCAAGCCUUCUCCUGGAGAUGGCGGCAAAUGGGAACUCCACCAGUAUUCAAGUCCCGAGUUGAUGGGGAAAGCCGUUUAUUUGAUGCAUCGCAACAAAUAA